AUGAUUUGCACACAGACCAGGCCUAUGAUGCUCCACCGCACCUGCACAGCACCGGUGGCUCAUACUGGACCCAUGACUUUUCUCUUCCGGCCCGCCGCUCGAUCCGUCAGUGCACAGCAAGGAGCCUUUUCGAGGGAGGUCAUCCUGCAGCCACAACUGGUACCGGUGAUGCCAAAGGUGGAGCCUGUGGAAGAGGAAGUGGUGAAGGGUCUUCGAGACUGGCUGGAGAAAACUGGUCUUCUUCACCUGAAAGUGGGGAUUGAGGCAUGGGCCGAGGAAGAGGGUGCCGCCUUUCUUGAGGAAGUCACUGGGAACGCUGCAGACAUCGCCAAAGCCUUACAACUGAACAAGGAAGAGUCCAGUCGCUUCCAGGCCAAGUUGAAAGGACUUCCCGCACCCUUCGCAGCCUCGCGGGCGCGCCAGCCUAAGAAACUGCCCAUUGCGCCAUCGCCAUGCCCUGGCUGUCACCGCGAAGACCGAAUGCUUUGGAAUGUCACAAUUGCUUCGCAACACGAGGGCUGGGGUCGCAAGCGGAAUGAGUGCAACUACGCUUGUCAGCUUUGCCGACGACACAUCUCUCGCGCUCUUCAUGUGAAUGCCUGCAGGGAUUGCAAGGUGAUGUGGCAUGGCGACUGCCAACAGGCUUUGGCGAUCGAUCAGGUCGGAACUGGGAGUUGGGAAGCCAUGUUGAAAAGAGAGGCUUUGUUGGCCGGGCUCAAAACGGCUUGGUAG